ACUGAGGUGAGCAAUCUUCCAAACACACCAACAACAGCAAGACUAAAGGCUCAAAGCAAACCUCUCAAAAGACAAGAUGAAGACCAUUCUCUCCAUUGCUCUCAUUGUCCUGGCUCUCUGUCUGGUGUCUGAAGCCCAAGCUGUCCAAGUCAAAGUACAGGUAAGGGCUCCUCUUAAAGCAAGGUUAACCUUACUAUCAUUCACUAUAAUAUGAUGACUAUAGACUGCAAAUAUGUCAGAAUGGUCAAUGGUAAACUAAUGAAAUAAUGUUCUGUUAACCUUCGGUAUGUAGCUCUAACAGACAAAAUUCUGUGUAGCAUUUUCUUUUUAUUAACAAAGCAUAUACUUGGUGCAAGCCAUCAUUACAAGUCUAUGGGCAUCCUCAUCACAUACAGAAUGUGUAAAGCAUCGCUAUGAUUGGCUGGGUCCCCAAUAUGACCGUCAGAUAUAAUGCUCUGUCUAACCGUGUCUCUGUCCUCUCCUCUCUUCUCUUCUCUGUAGGAGGGUGACUUUUUUUUCUCACUGGAAUCAGUGAAGAAGCUUCAAGAACUGACAGCAGAGGGCAGCAGUGUAAACGGAAUGCAGAAUCCUCGUCUCACCGGCACCAGCUUUGCUUCUGUCUGUGCUAACCCUUCUUUGCCACAGGAGUUCAUGUCCCUUUGCAUGCAGAGAGGGGCAAGCAUGUCUCUCUCAAAACUAGGUAAGAAAAGACCACUCUAUAGAAUAAUAUCCACUAUAGUCCAACUUGGUGGAUCGGACCAGAUUGUGAUAAGAUCGUAAUCAUUUGCUGAUGGAGUCAUUGAUCUGAAUUGCAUAGAACAUAUCUCUUAUGUACAUCUAGUUGGUCUCUGCAAUAUGCAGUUGUAGUUUGAUUGAUUGAGUGAUUUUGGAACAUGUUUUUAACACUGUACCUUUCUCUUCAUUCUUCCAGCUGCUGUGCCUAUGGACAUCUGUGAGAUCUGUGCCUUCGCUGCCUGCACAGGCUGUUAAUGAAAAUAUCAACCUGACUGCCAUCAGAAGACAAACCACUCACAAUUCUCAUUCAGCAUAUCGUGACAACAAUUUCGAUUUCAUGUUUAAAAUUGCCAUCUUCAGAUGGCCGAAAACAUAACUGGCUCAAAAAUACAAAGACUGAUUAAUUGAUGGAGGCAAAUUUUCUAGAAACUGUUACUUUGGAGCUUAUUUAGCACUUCUUUGACUGCUUUUCCUUUUAUCAAUUGACUUUUAUUUUGAGGGUUUUGGGUUUGUUACAGUUCUAUCUUACCAGGCUUUGUACUUAUUUAAUGUUCUUUUUGUUUUCAUUGAGUCUUUGGGAUUUUGUAUUCUUUUGUAUGUUUAUGAAUGCCUCAUGUUUAAUAAAAAAGCAUUGAAAAACA